AAGUUACAUCAAUCCAGUGUGAUGUGAAGUGUGCGUAGGGUCGGAGCGCGCCAGUCCUACUCUUGGAUUACCUUCCCUUUGGCGAGUGUUGCAGCGCGGCGAGGGGGCUCAAGGGGGAGCUUCGAGGUGCGGGGCCGGUGACGAGGGCGAGGAGGAGGUGCGGAAAGCGUGUCAUGCGGAGGGAGAGUCGCCGUCCACUCGACAAGAAGUGAAUAUACAGCCAGCCAAGAGCCAACACAGUCCACAUAUCUCUGGGUCUGCAGCUGGAGUGGUCGGUCCCGGCGCGCAGUGUGUGGCGAGGCUCCGGUUGGCCAACACGCGCGCUCAUGCUGUCCUGCUCCUCAAGGCCCCAGUGGGAGUUGAUACCGUUGUGAAGGAUAGCAAAGGAGACAGCACAAGGGCACAAAAAAAGGAAACAAUAGAAAAAAAAAAGCCCGCUACUCGCUGCUCCUGUAAAGAAUCCGAAGAGGUGUCCGAAAGAGCAGUUAAUUGCAAGCGAGGGCCGAAGGCAAGACCUGAAGAAGCCAUUGAGGAGGAGGAAGACGACAGUGCCUGAGCCUCGCUACGUUAAUGAACAACACUGAAACUAAAAUGCCAAGUAUCAGCGGCUUCCUGACGAGAACAUUACCGCUGCGGGGGCCCGUGAGGUGAGGCGCCGCGGGUCGGUGGUGUGUUGCCGCGAUGCUGCCGCUGCCGCGAGCUGCUGUCGGCCUGUAGCGAUGGACUGGAGGUCGGCGGGGUGGGCGGGCCCACUCCUGCUGCUUCUUCUGCUGUCGGGGCCGGGGGUGAGGGGCCAGCACGAGGAAGACUACUUCGCGCUGGGCCACGACUACCCGCACGACACCCACGACUACCUGCACGAUGGCCACGACUAUUACAGCGACUUGGACUACGGGAACUACGAAGUAUUCGUGCCGAACGUGGCCAACGCGACGCUGCGCAAGUGUCGCUGCGACGCUGACCAGGUGUGGGACGGGACCACUUGCCAGGACGUUGUCACCUUCGUUGCCAUCAUCGACUACUGGAGCAAGCAGCGUGUGUCGUUCAACACCAGUGAGUUCCGUAGCGUGGUAGUGGGCGAGGUGCGCUGCCCCGCGGGGCACAAGAAGGUGGUGCUCGACUCCAACAAGGGCUCCGUGUCCGAAUUCUCGCUGCUGGAGACCGGGGAAGUGUAUUGGCGGGACGUCCGGUUCCCUGAUUACUGCAUCGACCAUAUCCUAGAUCCUAACGGGGAACCCAAGUCAUGGAUGGCCCACCUCUGCCUGGCGCCCCCUCCCGUCAGCCUCUGCUGCCCCGAGGGCCACGCGUUGCUCACCAACGGCACCUGUUACCCCGAAGACGACGCCCUCAAUGUGCCGCUCUCCAUUGAGGUCGAGGGGCAGCUCCUCACGUGGGAGGUCAGUGCCGACAGCGUGGUGACCAACCUGACGUGCAGCCCCGCCGACACCUACUACCGGCGACUGAGCGAGGCCAAUGUGAGUCUGGUGUACGACCCGCGGGGCGUCAUGCUGCAGUGGCUGCCGCCCACCCUCACCAACCGGCCCAUGGACCGGCAGGAGUACUGCGUGGGGGUGGAGGUAGACGGGCCCGGCCACGCCCCGCAGUACGCCACACUCUUCUGCUACAAGGACAGGGCCGCGCAGCACCGAGAGCUGUGCCACAACGCCACGUGCGUACGGAAGUGCUGUGAUGAACACUCACUGAUGUCCGGCGUGGAAUGUGUGAACGCGCACGGCAUACAUAGGGAGUGGACGCCGACCUUCCACCACCUCGGCUCGCUGAGUCCUGGCGCGCCGCCCCCCGAGGACCUAACCUUAGUGCACGGGCUGCCAAUCUGCGACUCGACCUUCAAGAUGCGGCCUGACGAGUCCGAGGAGGACCGCUAUUACCUGCUGGAGGACGGGACGCUGAUGGUGCCGUCGUUCUCCAAGGCGUACCCGCCCACCAUGUACUGCCUCGACAAUUUCAUCGCGCACGACCACCCGCUGCAGGAGCACCCGCUCAUCUGCUUCGAUGACUCCCCGUGCUCCGGCGUGCGGUACGUGGCGUACCCCGCGCUGCUGGUCAUCUCGUGCGUGUUCCUAUCCAUCACCCUGCUGGUGUACGUGAGUGUGCCCGAGCUGCACGCCAAGGUCCACGGCAAGUGCCUCGUGUCGCACGUGACGGCGCUGCUCAUCGCCUACCUCUGCCUCAUAGCGGUGCAGCUGGCCGGCGGACGCCUCCCGGACGGCGCCUGCAAGCUCAUGGCCUCCCUCACACACCUCAGCUUCCUCGCCGCCUUCUUCUGGCUGAAUGUCAUGUGUUUCGACAUCUGGUGGACGCUCAAGUCGAUGCGUCCCGUGGCGGAGACUGGAGAGCUGUCUCGUCUGCGCUUCAAGAUGUACUCCGUGUACUCGUGGGGCUGCCCGGUGUUCAUCAGCCUCGUCGCCGUCAUCGUGGACUCCCUGCCCGAGGACUUCGAUGUCAUACGCCCCGGCUUUGGCACCCAGAAGUGUUGGUUUGCCGGCAACCAGCAGCUGUGGGCCUACUUCUACGGGUUCGUUCUGGCUCUGGUGGUGGCCAACAUCAUCCUCUUCUGCCAGGUGGCCUACAUCCUCAUCAUGGCCCAGAACGACCCAAUCCUGCAGAGGACGCGCCAGCAGAACAGGGAGAGGAUGUGGCUGUACAUCAAGCUGUUCGUGGUGAUGGGCCUCACCUGGAUAACGGAGGUGAUCUCGUGGCAGGAAGGAAGCUGCGAGCCCUGGAUCGUGUCGGACGUCAUCAACGCUCUCCAGGGCUUCUCCAUCUUCCUCAUCUUCAUCUGUAAACGCAACAUGCUCAAGAGAAUCCGAAACAACUGGGAGCCGUACCUGCGGCGCAUGAAACUCUUCUUCGGCUCCUCGCGCCAGCCUGAGGGCGUCAAGGGUAAGGGCGUGCAGGAUACCUCGUCCUUCUCCUCGUCCGUCAACCGACCGACCAGCCACUCCAACGCCUCGCAGCGCACGGUGCAAAGUCAGAUCUCCCUCGACGCCACCUCGGCCGUCAGGAAGUUGUCCACGUCCUCGUUGGUGUCGACGACGGGCGUGCAGGUGCACAGCUCCAACUCCCUAUGCAUGGACACCAUCACGGAGGCGGCGUCCUCAGAGGCCGAGGAGGUAAGUCAGGCAGGGGACGAGCGGGGCCUUGAUGAGGCUGAGACUGCCGUGGCUGCACAGGACCCGUCCACGGCACCCGAGAGCAAGACGAGGGAAGGUUUGCAGACCGAUGUCGAGUCAGGAGAACCAUGUGAUGUGGGAACCCAGGCCGAGGGGCCUAAGGAAGACGGGGAGGCGGAUCAUGCUGCCACACUUGCAGGUGACAAGGAUACGGUGCAAGAUGCAGCACAGACGGCGACGCAGACGCCUCCAGGAAAUGAGAGUACAGGAGAGGACGCGGCGCAGGCGGCAGAUCAGAUACAGACGGAGAGCUGUGCAGCGGAGAGUGAGGCGGCGAGCGAGACGCCCCAGGCACACUACAACGAGGCCUUCGUCGCUGAUGACCCUGACGGCAAGGUCGUGCACGUGUGAUACUCAGCCGCUCUGGCACGAAUGUUUUCCUUCGUCACGGUGUUGUGCGCCGCGCAUGUGAACAUGGAGGCCUCUCGGCGGCAGUGUGGCGCUGUGCUGGUCCGCGUGUGUCGCGACCUACUUGACUAACUUUUCGUGUCUGUCGCCUCAGCACCAAACUUUUAAAAGUGACAUGCGCGCACGUUCCUAUUAUGUCAAAUUCCCAUGAAGACAUUAAAUGCUAAGGAUUCCGUGCUACCUAACUCUACCGUGGACGAGAAGUGUUGCUUUUUAUAAGUGAUAACAACUCUGGCUCCGUGACAACUGUACAUAAGCGGCCGGAGUUGCUGAUGUGAUGGUGGUGGUGGCACGGUAUGCGUCAUCGUGCCAUACAGCCUCCCUUCCCGGCGCCUCGCAGUAAAGGAGGUGUGGGUGGCGCAGUGCUUAGCAGUGCUGCCGCCUUAGAAGUGCCAUGUUAGAGAACUAUAGACCUUUGCAAACCCGCCGAGAACCAUUGUGGCGCCCAUCCUUCCCUUCCCAACGGCAUCAACAUGUACAGGAGAGGAGGAAGCUUUGACAUGUUGUGUUUGUGCUUCCCAUUCAACUGUCUCGUUGGUUAAGAUUUCAGUAAUACCUCUGUGAGAGGAAGAGAAUAAGAAAGGCUCGUACAGAAAAGGAUAUUGUUGUAAUGGACGUGGCCUAAAUACCUAUAUCUUCCUCUCCAUAUGCUUCUUGGUCUGCUUUCUUGUGUAAAUAUGUUCCCCUCGUGACUCAGGAUGUUUGUCUAAAUGUGAGGACGGUAUUGUAUUGAUGUUCAAAGCAGUACGUACAUGACAGAAAGGGCAGCACAUGACAAAAAGUAAGUAAAAAUAAGUUAUAUAUGUACAAAAGACACUUAAAAGAUAUUGUACUUAUAUUUCUAGGUAACUUUUAAGUCUAGGUAGCUGUUGUGAGUCCUUCGUGUAAAUGUAAUGCAAGUUUGUCAGAGUCCAACUCUUCGACUUGUAAACUCAGUGAUGGUUACUAAAUGUGCAAUGACUCCUGACGUUCGUUCGUUUUUGUGAAUUGUAAACAAAUAAACGGACGAAUGGAAA